UUCCCCCGAGCGAGGCCUGCGUGCACAGAGCCUACGGGGGCCAUAUAAACCUGUCCCCAAUGUGCCUUGCUCUCCGCCCCGUGAAAGCAAAGCAAAGUCUCACCACCCAUGUUGGCUAUAUAUAGAGGAGCGUCACGCGUAGCGCCCCGGGUGACCCGGCUCGUGCCCCGGACUUUUCAGCACAAACCAUUCAGACAAACGAAAAUGAACUUGAUGACCAUUUCGCAGCUGUUGGACGAGGCGUACAACAAGCAUCAGAUCGUGCCGGAGGUCGUAGACAAGUUCGACACGCAGGGCUUGUUGACCAUCGAAUACGGCCCAGACGGCCAAAGUGGCGAAAACGGGGAAAACACCCAAAACGGUGAAAACACCCAAAACUCCCAACACUCCCAAAACUCCCAAACUGUCCAGGUCACGCUCGGCAACACGCUCUCGGUCAAGGACACGCAGCAGCGGCCACAAAUCCAGUUCACGCUCAACCUGCCCAAUCCGGAAAAGGAGUUGCUGGUGAGUUCCGAGGACCGGUUCAUGUUGGUGUUGACGGACCCGGACGCGCCGUCCAACACCGACCACAAGUGGUCGCAGUAUUGCCACUGGAUCGCCACGGACUUGUCGUUGAACUCGCGCGCCAACGGCGGCGACAGCUUGUCGACCAUGUUGGACUUUUCACAGGCCCGCGAGCUCGUGCCCUACCAAGGCCCGGCGCCCCCGGAGAAAACCGGCAGGCACCGGUACGUGUUUUUGUUCUAUAGGCAGGACCCCCAGGCCAACUUGGUGGCGCCCCCGGACCGGCCCACCUGGGGCACGCUGGUGCCGGGCUCGGGGGUCCGCGAGUGGGUGCGGAAGCACGGCGGGCGCAGCGAGUUGCUCGCGGUCAACUUCUUCUAUGCCCAGAAUCCCGUCCAGGAGUGAGCGUGCCGACGAGGCUCCGAAGGGAUGGGAGGCGGAAGCCGGCGUGGGUUCGAGGCCCCCGGGCGAGGCCAGAAGGAGGCCUAUGAGAGCCAGAAGGAGGCCUAUGAGAGCCAGAUGCCAGAUGAAACGCACAUGAAACCCACGUCAAACCCACAGCCACACCAGUCACCACCGGGCCGCCCGGGCCAGUGAAACCACCGGCAAGUAGAUUGCACUAUACACGUGACCCCCGCCCCCGGCGCCAUUCACCGCCACCGCGCAGAACUGUAGUCUUUGGGGCUCACCACCAACCCCUUGCCCUUGGUGGCGCCGCGGUAGAUGGUCUCGAGAAUGUCGAUCAUCUCCUGCUUGUUGUCCACGAGGAAAUUCAUCUUGUUGUUGUUGCCCGUGC